UGCGGGGGGUGACAGGAGAGUGCCCGGCUCCAGGCCCAGGGCGGCCAUGGGGGGAUGGCGGCCGGUGGCCACGAGGCAGUGUGGCAGCGAGGCUGGUCCCAGCACGGCGAGGGACAGCGGAGCACUGCAGUGAGGAACCAAGAUGCUCCUUAAGGAGAGGAUCCACGCUCGGGCCGGGUGACGGAGCGCUGCGGACAAGAGUUCGCCGCUGAGCAGCAAGCCAUGCAGUAGGAGCCCAUGCUUCCCACCGAGGAGUGACCCCGGUGUGUGCCACACAGCCCAGAGUGCUGCAGGACGAGACAGGACAUGCGCCGAAUCAGCUGCCUUCUUUCGGGACUCGCCUUCAUCCUCAGUGCCACCAGCACAGACAGUUUCGCCCGGGUGGGCCGCAGGACCUGCGCUGCGGAGCCGCGGAGCCGCACAGCUGCCCACACCGAGUCCCAUGUGCAGCCCGUGUACCUGCCCUACCUCACCACCUGCCAGGGCCACCGCCUGUGCAGCACCUACAGGACCAUCUAUAAGGUUGCCUACCGGCAGGUGUACAAACAGGUACCUCAGCCUGUGGCCUCGUGCUGUCCUGGGUGGAGCAGAACCAGCAGCUACGAGAUCAACUGCAACACAGCUCUGUGCCAGUUGCCAUGCCAGAAUGGCGGCCGCUGCACGUUCCCUGGAAGAUGUGCCUGCCCGCCCGGCUGGAUGGGGCCUUCCUGCCAGACAGAUGCAGAUGAAUGUGCCAGCCGGAGCCAUGGGUGCAGCCAGCUCUGCGUCAAUACAGCUGGGAGCUUCCAUUGUGCCUGCUGGGAUGGCUUUAGCCUCGCUGCUGAUAACAAGGCAUGCCAGCCCGUGGUGCCAGGCCCUGAGCCAGGAACCUUCAGCCAAGCAGAGCCCUCCAGUGAAAUGAAGGAAGAAAUGAAAGACCUGAAGAACAGAGUAGAAGCACUGGAGCAGAAACUCCAGUUGGUGCUGGCUCCCUUCCACAACCUCAUGCCAUCUGCACCAGAGGACGUUGGCACAGACCCCAUCAGCCGACUGUCCCACUCCCUCCAGCAGCUGGACAGAAUUGACUCCUUGAGCGAGCAGAUCUCCUUCCUGGAGGAGCGGCUGGAGACAUGUUCCUGCAAGAAUGAACUCUAGCUGAGCACCCAAAGAAUCAGAACAGGCAGACUGUAUCUGUACUUGUCUCUCUCUCCAGCCCCAGUCUGGGGCCGAAGACGCAUCAUCUCCAGGAAGACGCAGGGUAGAAUGACAAGGCUGGUUUCCCAUCAGAUUCCCAGUAUUUUCUCUUCCAACUCACCUUACCAAAAGUCAUGAAGUUACUUCCAAACUGGACUUUUAACCCUGAGCAUCUCACCCCACUCCUGCUGGAGAGGCAGAAAAUAAAUGCCUUACCUCAUGCCAUUAGCAGUGCCCGUCUGGCUGCGCCAGAGAUUGGCUCUACACGAA